AUGGCUGAUAAGGCAGAUUGGUGUGAUGCCAAUGUGAGGUAUUUUAUUGAUAUCUGCAAAGGAGAGAUAGAAGCUGGGAAUAGGCCGUUGGGAUUUUUCAAUAGGACUGGUUGGAAAAAUGUUAUAUCUAAGUAUGAAGAAAAAACUGGUCAGAAGCUAACAAAGAAACAACUCAAGAACAAGUGGGACAAUAUGAAAAAGGAAUAUACAUGGUUCAUGGAGUUGAAGAAUAGUGCAACUGGGCUUGGAUGGAAUGAGGCGAAGCGAACUGUUGAGUGCUCUAAGGAAUGGUGGGAUGAACACCUAGCUAGGUGCAAUAAUCCUGAGAAAGGUAUCAAAUGCAACCAUGUGAGGUUCAGAAAAACAAGGGCCGAAGCACCUUGA